GCACCAAGAAGUGUAACAGGAUUUAAAUGUUUAUUAGAAGUAACCGUUGAAAUAAAAUAUUCUACAGGACAUCGUCAUUCGACCUCCAGUUUCAACCCUCCAAAUGUCAUCAAAUUCUCAGAGGGUACGACUGUAUGGCCCCCUUGCGAGCUCCUCAAUCGUCGUCCAAACACCAGUGCCAACCAUAGCUGCACAAAUUACCACGGGAUACAAACGUUACGUCUAUGGGUCUCAUUAAUCUCUCAAGAACUAGUUCACUAAUUAUGCCCGAGUGGGUUUACUGUGGCUCGCUACAAUAAUUCCAGGUUGUGAGUGACCAAAUGGUAGAAAUGUUGACGCUGCAAAAUGCUUCGAAAAAUGUCACACCUAAAUAAAUUGAAAUUUCUUUUAAUUAUUUUCUUUCUUCAAUUUUUCUUGUUUAUGUAUUUUAUUACUUUUCAACAAUUUUCAAGCAUUUAGUAAGAAUAACGUAUUCACCAACGAAUUGAUAACUUUUUUGUUAAAUAAAAAUGUAAUCCUUCGUCGUUUUUCGUAAAAUUUAAAAUGGGACCAUUUGCCCUGCGUUCGACGUAUACAUAUAUGUAUGGACUUGUCGUUGCUUGAUGUCUAGCUGUUAACAGGUUGGAAUAUUUGGUUACUGGAGUACUGUUAGAAGCUUGACUGCUCGAAUAUCAUUUAACUGCCCGUCUAUUCAAGCACUCUCGAAUUAUUUCCCCAUUCAAACGUCACUCAAGUACUGGGCUCCAACCAAACAAUAUCCAGAUACCCUUAGGCUACAAAUACUUCCACGCGAAGUCCCCGACAACAUUAUCCCUCAGCUGGAGUGCUCGAGGCCAAUCCCGUUCGAUCGCGAACUCGUCAGCUGGUCCCGUGCCUGGUGAAUCGGUCAGUGGUCGAACAGUGGACGUUCCGUUAUCGACAGGACAAAGGGUGAUCGGGCGAGGAGAUGUCUCGGUAAAGAGCGUGGAUCGACUAGAAGCGACGAGAGAGUGUCGGCGCCGCGCCGUCACGACGCGACGCAGCCGCAUCUGUACCCAGCUUCCAGACGACGUAAGGGAGGAAGCUGGUCGAAAAGGGAGACAUAGUGAGCGUGCCGCUCCCGAAGCAGACGCUGUGAGAGCUGCCAGCAUUUACCCUCGACGGCAUCGACGCGAUAGUACGCGCCAGGAUCCUCUCCUGAGUGUUGGGUGAAUCAUCGAGUCUCGCGACAGAACCACGGGAAUCGGCACGUGUGAUCAUCGCAAUUUAUUCCAAUUUCUCCAACCAAACGUCGUCCCUCGGGUUGACGAAACUCGUCCGUGGUCGAUUUUGAUCGGUGUGCCUGGAACGCCCGAGGUUUCGUUUUGAAUUUAAUCGCCAGGACGACGAGGAUCGAAACCCUCGAUGACGGAAGUGCCAACCAUGACCACCUGUGAAUGGAUUUAAGGAAUUUCUCGCUUAGAAAAUAGCAGUGUCGUUCGUCGUUACACGACUGGAGCUUUUUCAUUAUCUUGUUUUUAUUUCUUUAUUUUUUCUGUUUCUCCUGAGUGAGUGGUGGGAUUGGCGUCGACGACCGCGUUGCUGCUGAAGCCUGUUGACACGAACGUUACUGGUAAUAUGAUCGAUGACUAUUUGAUGCCUUAAAACAAACCGGCAUGAAAUAUUUGAAAAUUGUUCUAUUCGCGCUCAACUUGUUGAUAUUGUUGGCAGGGGGUACGGUACUCGGUAUAGGGUUGCAGUUUGAGCCAAGCAAAGGACAUCUCUUAAAUCUCUUCGUACCUGACGCCACGCCGCACGUGACUAGUAACUCAAUAGCUUACAGUUUACUCGGGCUCGGUGUCACGGUGGUCGCAGUCGGUUUCUUCGGAUGUUGCUUCGUUUUGCGCAAAAAUCAAUGCAUUUUAGCCUAUAUGUGCAUGCUGGUCGCGCUGAUCGUCACAGAACUGAUAACAGCCAUUGUCGGGGGAGUGAUGACGUUUCAAAUACUGUCCGGAUUAGAAGAGAGACUCAUUAGCAAAUUAGCCGACGACUACGGCCACGAACCGAACAGCGACCCAUUUAGCCAAAGUCUCGACUUCGCGCAGUAUAAGUUUAAUUGCUGUGGAAUACAUGGAUACGGGGACUACAAUGGCACGGCCUGGUGGAGAGACGGGCAAAUUUCAGGAACCAGAAGGCAGGUCCCUCUCACGUGCUGCGUUUUAAAAAAUACCGAGAAAACGAAUACAGGAAGUCCGAUGAGCUUUGUGUCAAGAGUGUUUCACAAAAUUAAUACUGAGGAACCGUGGUUACAUCCAAAGCCAAAGGACGAGGCAGCGUGUCAAGUGGAAGAUAAAGAGGGUCACGAUGGAUAUCGACAUAAAGAGGGUUGUCUCGGUAAAAUUACCAGUUGGCUGCAGAGUGAGAGUUUCACUUUAGUGAUUCUGGGCAUGGGGAUGGCUGGCAUACAAACGUUCGGAAUAAUAACUUCAGCAUUCCUUUGUCGAACGAUAAGAGACAUGGAAGUGGACUGAGCGACGGUAUCCACGCCCGUGAACGCAAAGCAGGAAGGAAAUCAAUUUCAGGUUCCCCGUGGGUGAUUGCGUGGAAAACAGAUGCGUAUUCUUGACAUAGCGUUAUUUUGCAAUGAUAAAGAUCAUGGGAACGACACACGCGAUAGCGAUUGGUCGUUAGGAGAACGAUAAGGAUAAGACGCUGGUUUAGUCACAAUUAAUUCGAGGAACACUCGGAGGGGUUGCGAACUUCGUUGUAUGAUAGAAAGCUGUGCUUGCUCGGAACCUUCUAAGCAAUUCCCGUCCCUUAUGUGUGUUUCAAGGAAUAUCGUACCAAUUCGAAUAAGAGCGAAGUAUAUAUAUAUAUAUUAUAUAUUAAUCCUGUACAUAGACGUUAGUCACUUCGUGUUCACUCCGAGUACGAAUGUCGCAAAAUUAUCGUUUACUCUGUGAUUCACUGCGAAGACGUCGUUGAUAAGUAUAAAUUCGGACAUGAGACGAGUAACUUUAAUAUUAGGAUUGAUAAGUUGCUCUUUGAAUAAAGUUGAAUGGGUAUUGUG